AUGUCCAGAUUGAUCGCAUUUGUUGUUAUCCUAGCUGCUAUUGUACCCAAUGGAUUUUCUUCGGUGGUUAUCAAGCAUCGCGCUAAAUCUUGUUAUGAAGUCAAAGAGUAUCUUCAAGCUAACGAGAAUGGAUUUUAUAAUCUAUUCGAUAGCUUAGGCAGUCCUUACACUACUUAUUGCGAUUUUGAAUCCGAUACACCAUUUGUUUGGACCUUGAUAGAAUCGUUUUCGUUACAAGAAGCUCAAAAAACAGCUAAUCGUAAAGGUGUGUAUGUAAAUCAUCCUAUCGGAGAAUGUAUUCUAUCUUGGUCAGCAUUUCGAUUAUCUAGACUCAGAAUGGAUACAAUCAUAAGCUCAUAUGGGACAACACACUAUCGUACAACGUGCAAUUUUAAUUAUGUUAAUGGAACUGGAUUAGCUAAUCGUCGCGAUUACUUGAGAGGGGAGAUUUGUCGACGCAGUUAUUUCCACAGUACUUGGGCAUUAAAUAGAUAUGGCCAACCGACGUAUAUAUGCAACUACGUCGACUACGUCAAUGUCCGUGGAACUACCUGUCGCAAGUGUACUGUUCCAUUUGUUCGUCCUACAAGUAGCGUCCAUGAACAUAUCGAUCUUAGCAUUGCAGCUUCCCAUUGCAGUAAAUUCACUCCUACCGAUUCCAUUUCCAAUGAAGACGUUUUCGGACAUUACGGUAAUGCUAAUCCGUUAUUUUCAUGUACGUCGAAUGUGAAUUCUACGACUAAUUGGUGGUUAGGAGGUGCUUAUAUUGCUGAAGCUUUUUAA